GCUCCAUAUUAACUGAGCUGCGUAUUAAAGUUCAUUUCGAUUGGUCAAUUACCGGAGUGCGUUCGAGAUCGCCGUUCUUCGUACGAGUACAAAUUCCUUUCGAUCCCUAACGCCCAAAUACGCAACCCGAGAACGGGUUCGAGGUGCAAGAACUCACACCAUCUCUGUAGGUAGUGUGGUCGAAGAACAAAGAACACGUUCGUGCACACAUGUUCUCGUCGUUCGCGACUCUAAGAACGGAGCACGAAAACAACGGGAACGGCGACCUCGAACGCACUCUGAGUGUGAUACCAGUGCUCACUGCAUAGAUUGACAACUCUGUAUUUGGAUCGGGAACCGUGAAAAUGGCAUCAGGCGACUGUGUGCUGGAAGACAACUGGAAAUCUUUCUACUAUAAAUCUGACAGUGGACGUUAUAGAUAUGAAUAUCACAAUUCUCCCAAGAAGUCUAUUUACUAUCACCACUGGCUCCCUGAAGAUCAACAGGAUCUAUUGCCACAAAAAUUACCAGCGCUGGACGAAAAACUGCCCGAUUUUUAUGUGGAAUUUGAUACAUUAGUACAUGCAACCACAUUAGAAAAUGCUCAAGCAAUUUUGCAGCAUGGCUUCAAACCCAGACCAGUUGUUGAUAGCUCUGUUGUCAAUGAUGCUUACGAUUUAAUGAACAGUGAUGGCAGAAAAAUAUCCCCGAGGCCACAACACCCGAUUGGUGAUGUCAAUGUGCUCUGGUAUGGAACGUGCACAUUUCAACAGUUGCAAGACCCAACACACAUAGUGAAACGGUAUGGUAAUGUCGUUUUCAAUAUGUCAACCUUGGGAGGAUAUGAAGGAAUAAGACGAGAAGGUUUGAAUAUGUACUUCAUUGAAGUAAUAGAAUACAUGAAUUCUACGGCAUGUAGGAUUUUGAUCACUCAUAGAAAUUAUCCAAAAUUGAAAAAAUAUGAUCCAUACACAAUUGGAGGUCCACUAUAUAUAGACGGAAAUCGUUUCUAUAGUACCAACAGACUCAAACGUCAAGGCGGACUGGUGGUGAACAAUGUUCUAGAAAUAAUGCAAGAAGAAUGGGUAUAUAAUUUUAUCCAGGAGAUACGCAUCAAGAACCAUUGUGUCAGCUUCUUCUACUGUCAGGAAGCUAGGAAAGGUGUGUCUAAUCUGGUCGUGCCUUUGGGUCCUGGAGAAGAUGUUACAGAGAAUGGCAUCAUGCCAUAUUUAUUACGAAAUAUUUUAAAACUAGCCAUUGCUCUAGCCACUGAUGAUAGAUCAAUUAAAGUCAAGCUACGAACACCGUUUGCCAGUGAACAUACAAGGGAUGAAAAACUACGACAGGAACUAAAAAGAGUGCACGAAGAGGCAAAGAAAAGAUAUGAUGAGGGAGAGCACAGCGAUCUCAUUAAUUUGUCUGUCCAUGGUGUCAUCCACAAAUUAAUGAGUAAAAGAAGCAUUGUCGAUUCGUAUUGUGACAUGCUUCUCCUCCUCCCCAAAGGUGAUCACCCCGACCUUGCAGAUGAAAUAUGGAAGAAACUAUCAAAAAUAUUGGAGAGUCCAUUCCAAUUAUGAAUUUCUUGUCUUGACAGAAUAAUUCUACAUUUGUAUUAUUAAUGUAAAUUGUUUUACUAAUAAAUUGUUUAUUUCUA